AUGGCAUCUGCCGGAGGCCCUGCGAGUAUUAUUACUCAGGUGUCGCAAACAAGUGCUGGGCCGCCCAUCAACACGCUUGGCGGCUCUGACGAGAACAUCACCCUGGAACUGAGAGGCUCCCGAUUCACGCUGUCAAGGGACGAACUUCUGACGCUACCAGAGUUUGUUCUGCUCUCUCUCUUUCCCAAUGGCCUUCUUCCAGAUGGCCACAUGAACUCCUACCACGAUGGAGACGUGUACCCAGUCGACGUUGGUAACCCCAGUCCCCCCAGUCCCCCCAGUCCCCCCUCGCCCCCGUCCGAUCUGCCCACAGGCCCCAUGGCCAAGAUUAUGUAUCACCUCUCCAAUCCCACAUUAUACUUAUCUGACAACAUAUAUCUCUCACAGUACGAUCCCAAUUCUCUGCAAUACAUGCUCGAGUUCUUCCGCAAUGUCGCCCAGACCAUCCCGGCUUCACCUCCCUCCCCGACCGCCUCCCCAGACCACCCAGCCGAAGCUGUGCCAAUUGAGCCCAUGCACGGGUCUGCCAGAGACAUGUUACAGGAUCGCGCGGGUAUUAUUGUUCUCCGAGAAGACCUCGACUUCUACGCGAUCCCGCCGCACCGCGACAUCACGCAGCCCGACAUGAUUGAGGUCAAGCGAGCUGCGGGCGAGGCUCUGCUGAGACAGGAUGGCAUAUUCUCUGGUCUUAGGAAGAGCGAGGAGCCAGGUACAACGGAGCAGCAUUUAAUCGAGAUGUUGACUGCUGGUGGUUUCAAUCACGACGAUCAGUGGGGACACCGCGCUGGUGAGCCCAACAAGGCCGUCAUCUGCAGUAUCGCGCUUGCACGUCUGAGAACUGACAUCAAGGGUAACGACCUCGCUAAUAGCAACGCCGUUGGCAUGGCACAGAAGCUACUGCUUUUCUGGAGGAAACCCGCUCGUCGCUGCUGGUGGGAGGGCGUUGAGCUUGACAACGUCAGAGGUGUCGAGGGCAAGCUCAAGGUCUGGAUAAGAAGAGUUUGGACUCUCGAGAUGAGUGUCAUUGGCCUUCGCUAG